AUGCAAGCCAAGUUCACCCGUUUCCCGUUCUCUAGUUCGGAGGCAACGGCUAAGGCACCACUUGAUGAGGUGGUGAUGGACGUGGUGGGCCCCCUGAAGCUUGGAGCUGCUGGAGCUGAGUACUUUCUCACCAUUGUGGACGUCUACACUCGCAUGACUUGGGUGUACGUGCUGUCCAAGAAGAGUGACGUGGAUGAAACGGUGAAGACCGAUUGGUUGCCGAUGGUGGAGCGGCAACAAGACCGGCUAGUGAAGGCAAUCCGCACCGAUCGAGGGGGAGAGUUCCUGAGCAAGGAGUUUGGGUUGUGGCUGAAGAAGAAUGGUAUUCGGCACUCCCUCACCAUGCCAUACUCCCCUGCAAUGAACGGCAUCGCCGAGCGAGCGAACCGCACAAUCACGGAGGCGGCACGCGGGUUGCUCAUUGAAGCCGGGCUACCCGACUAUUUCUGGCCUGAUGCGGUGCGGAGCGCGUGUGUGGCCAAGAACAGAGCCUUGACUCAUGUGGGAGCAGACAAAUGGGUGCCCUAUGUGGAGUGGCUAGGAAGGAAGCCAAAGGUGGAUAUGCUUCGGGUGUUCGGGUGCAUGUGCAUGGCGCUCGUGCCUAAGCAUCUUCGGCACAACAAGCUUGGUGCCAAGGCGGUGUGGGCCGUGCACUUGGGCAUGGCUCAAAACAGCAAGGGAUGGCUUCUUUGGGACCCAUUCACCAAGAAGUUCUUGGUGAGCAGGGACUGCAAGUUCAUGGAGAACUUCAUGUACAAGGAUUGGAAGGCGGAGAAUGAGGCGAAGAUAGGCGUGCGGUUUGGGGAGGUGAAGAGUUCCGGUUUGGAGCAUGUGGAGCUGCCUUUGGAGCUGAGCAGCGGCAGCACAACCACAAGGCAAUCCUCCCUUGUGAAUGGGGGAGAGGAGGCCAAUGAUGCAGAGGAAGAAGAGGAGGAGGUGCAGCAAGUGAGCGAGCGUGCACCGUCACUCCCUUCCCGUACUACGAGUGCUCCACGGAUUCGAGCCACACCGCAGCAACGCCAAGGCCCUCAAGUCCCUGCAGCUGAGGAGGAAGGAAGGGGGAAGAGGAGAGUUCAACCCCCUAAUAGGCUGACCUAUGAUGCGCCAGGAAAGCAGGGCAAGACAGCCCUGGCCGGAGCGGCAAUGAUGGUCGGAGACGACGAGGAGAGUGACUACGAGGAGUGUGCCUUCGCGUUCUUCUCUCCGGUGGAGAUGCCGGGAGAACCAGCAACUCUCAAGGAGGCUUUGGAGAGUAGUGAUGCUGAGGAGUGGAAGAAGGCCAUGGAGAGUGAGCUGAAGAGCAUCGAGGAGAAUGACACGUUUGAAUUGGUGGAGCUACCGGAGGGGCGUACGGCGAUAACGUCCAAGUGGCUCUUCAAAAUCAAGUCGGAUGCCGACGGCAAGAUCGAGCGCUACAAGUCUAGGCUUGUAGCCAAGGGGUACCAGCAGAAGGAGAAGGUGGACUUCAAGGAGCUGUUUGCCCCUGUGGUGAAGCCGACGACGCUGCGAACCCUAUUCGCGGGAGCCGCCAUCAAAGGAUGGGUAGUAAAGCAAAUGGACAUCGUAACGGCAUUCCUUAACGGCAUCCUUGAGGAGGAGAUUUUUAUGGCGCAGCCAGAGGGGUUUGAUGAUGGUAGUGGCAGAGUGUGGAAGCUGAAGAAGGCCCUCUAUGGGCUGAAGCAGGCCCCUAGGCAAUGGUACAUGAAGCUGCGCGAAGUGUUGGAGGGGAUCGGCUUCACUCCCUCAACGGCCGAUCACUCCUUGUUCAUGCUUGGCGAGGGGGAGCAGAAGAGUUUCAUGGUGGUUUAUGUGGAUGACAUCCUCAUUUUCUCACCCUCUUUUGACCUUGUGAAGGAGGUGAUGCUGAAGCUUCAAGACAAGUUCAAGUGCAAGGCCCUUGGUGACGUGAGCUUCUACCUUGGGCUCCACAUCGAACGAGAUGUGGAGAAGCGGUGCAUGCGGGUGCAUCAACGAAAGUACCUGGAGGCAUUGGCUGCCAACUUUGGGCAGAGUGAAGGCCAUGUGGCUACACCCUUUCCCUCUGGGUUCAAGUGUGUGAAGGGACCAGAGGAGGAGAGCGUUGGUGAAGAGGAGAGGCGCCGAUUUCACUCGUUGGUGGGCAGCCUCAUGUAUGCGGCGGUAAACACCCGACCGGACGUCGCGUUUGCUACCGGGCAGCUGGCUAGGGUUGUGCAAUGCCCUAAUGAGGAGCAGGUAGCAGCUGGAAUGAGGGUGGCCAAGUAUCUUGGCCAAACACCGACCGUUGGGCUGCAAUACUCGGCGGCGGCACAAAGGCGCCAAAAGGGCGCGGAUGGUGUUGAACCCGGGCGUUUGUUCCUCACCGCCUACUCGGAUGCUUCAUAUGCAUCAGAACCAGAGGACAUGACAAGUGUGGGAGGCUUCAUAUGCUGUGUUGGUGGAGGCCCAACUGCUUGGGAGAGCAAGAAGCAGGUUGACCAAGCUUUGAGCUCGGUGGAGUCCGAGUACAUGGCACUCUUCCGUGCCGGUGCCAUUGCUCUUGCUAAGAACCCUGUGUUGCAUGGACUCACGAAGCACAUGAGGGUGAAGUGGCAUUGGACGAGGAGCAUGGUAACCGCGGGUGAAGUUGAGUUGCGCUACGUGAAGACCACGGGGCAGCCGGCUGACAUGAUGACCAAGAGGCUGCGCAAAUAA